UUUGUUGUUUUCUUCUUCAAAACUAGUUAAAUUUUUUUUCAGUGAACCAUUUCAUUGAACACUUUAUUCCUCGAAAGCGGAGUCCAUUGCAAAGCCCAAGAAAUAAACAAAUUUCCAAGAAAUGAAACAGAAAACGGAUAUUGACGAGGAUGUCUCAUCCAUAUGCGAGUCUACGGCCUCCUUGACGGAAGGCUGUAGACUUUCUGUGCGAAUGCACAAGACAGACGAUUGGCCACUGGCCGAGAUAGUUAGCAUAAAGGAACACGAUGGAAAGCGACAGUUUUAUGUUCAUUAUGUGGAUUUUAACAAACGUUUGGAUGAAUGGGUAACUGAGGAAGAUCUGGAUACACGAAAGGUGCAAUUUCCCAGACGUGAUGGCACCCAGACAGGAGCCAGUACUGGGGUAACAACACCGAAAAAAUUGCUUUCGGUGACUGGUAGUGCAUCGCGACCAACUUCCCCACAACCUGGAGCUGGUGAAGUGGUUAAUGGUAAUGCGGUUCUAGCAGCUGCUUUGCAAAAGAAAAUUAACCGCAAACGAAAGGUUGAUAAAAUUAUACCAACGCCUUUGCCACCAGCCCCUACAGUAGUUCCCGAAAGUACACCGGCAGCGACAGCAGUUGUGGUGCCAGUCAACGAAGAGGUCUCUCAAGAUGGCAAAAGUGCCACACCACGCCAAUCCGGCAGUAUGGUCAGCAUACAUCAGGACGAUGUAGUGACACGUAUGAAAAACAUAGAAAUGAUAGAACUGGGCAAACAUCGUAUCAAACCUUGGUACUUCUCACCUUAUCCCCAGGAAAUUUGCCAAAUGCCCUGCAUCUACAUCUGCGAAUUUUGCUUGAAAUAUCGCAAAAGUCGAAAAUGCCUAGAACGACACUUAGUAAAGUGCAAUCUUCGUCACCCGCCUGGCAACGAAAUAUAUCGCAAGAAUACGAUAUCUUUCUUUGAAAUCGAUGGACGCAAAAACAAGGUUUAUGCCCAGAAUUUAUGUUUACUAGCCAAACUUUUCCUUGAUCACAAGACUUUGUACUAUGACACAGAUCCCUUUCUGUUCUACGUAAUGACAGAGUACGAUAGUAGGGGUUUCCACAUAGUUGGCUACUUCUCCAAGGAAAAAGAAAGCACAGAAGAUUACAAUGUUGCUUGUAUUCUCACAAUGCCACCGUAUCAACGCAAGGGAUAUGGAAAGUUGUUGAUUGAAUUUAGUUAUGAAUUAUCCAAAUUUGAGGGAAAGACGGGAUCUCCGGAGAAACCACUUUCCGAUUUAGGUCUACUUUCGUACCGGUCUUACUGGGCCCAAACAAUACUGGAGAUAUUUAUUAGUCAAAAGCCAAACAGUGAUGGGGAGAAACCCACAAUAACAAUUAAUGAUAUUUGUGAGGUGACUUCAAUUAAAAAGGAAGAUGUCAUAUCCACAUUACAAAAUCUCAACCUGAUCAACUAUUAUAAGGGCCAAUACAUUGUCUGCAUAAAUCGUGAAACCAUUGAUCAACAUAAAAAAGCCAUGGAAAAACGCAAAAUCCGUAUUGAUUCAAAAUGCCUGCACUGGACACCCAAAGACUGGUCGAAACGUUCAAAGUGAAAGAAUAUCAGCGCAUUCCCCCUAACAUAAUCCUGGCUGGCAAUCGAAAAAACAGACAGUUCUCUAACACGCAAUCUAACCGCUUUCUGGUAGAGAAAUAAAAAAAAGUAGAAAUUAA